GCCAUUUAUUCUGUGGCAUAAUAAUAAUAAUGGAGAAGAUGAUGAUGAUGGGAUUGGGAGAAACGAAGAAGUUGAGAGAGGAGCUAGUACAAGGUUUGGAACUGGCGAGACAGCUCCAAAUCCAUCUUCACGUGGCUUCCACUCCCCAUGAAACCCGUGACUUGUUGAUCCAAAACAUUAUCUCUGCUUUUGAAAACGCCCUCCACAUCCUCAAAUGGACACCGCCACCCGCCGCCGCCGUGGACCCCUCAAUCUCACCUGCAAUCAGAAUGUCCCAAGAGUCUCCACCUUUGAGCGCCGGCAGUGAAGACUCCGAUAGAGAUUUAAGGGAUCACGAUCCCAAUGCUUCCAAAAAAAGGAAGAGUUUGCCAAGAUGGACAAAACAGAUUCGAGUUGGUCCGGGAAUGGGAGUGGAAGGGCCUCUUGACGAUGGAUACAGUUGGAGAAAAUACGGCCAGAAAGACAUUCUUGGAGCCACCUAUCCAAGAGGGUACUAUAGGUGCACACACAGAAAUGUUCAAGGAUGCUUGGCAACAAAGCAAGUGCAAAGAUCCGAUGAAGACCCCAACAUGUUCGAAAUCACAUACCGAGGAUCACACACAUGCACCAUGGCUUCAUCAUCAUCCAACAGUGCUUCACUUCCUGCACCCACAACUAGUCCAAGGAACACAAACAAUAAUGUUCUGCAAAGCCUUGACCAACAACCACCUAUGAUGAAUGAAUUACUCUUGAACCUCAGAGCAGGGUUGAGGGUCCAAACAGAGAAUCUGGAUAACUGUUCUUCCUUCAACUUCCCUAGUAAUUCAAACCAUGUUUUCUCAUCACAAACACCACCACCACAACCUCAACCUAUGCUUGGUGAUAAUAAUUUUCCUUCCUAUAUGUCCCCUGCUACUUCUGGGAUAAGCCAAUUCUCAAUGACUUCUGGGAAUCAGAUCAAUGAUAUGAUCUCUGCUUCAAAUUCAAACUCACCAACCGUUGGAUUAGACUUUUCCUUUGACCAAUUUGAUUUGGACGGUCAUAACAACUUCACAUUCGGUAACCCACAAUUUUUUCCUUAGUUUAAGUUUUU